ACAUAAAUUACUGGUCACUUUAAUGGGAUUAAAGUGAUGAAAGGCACACCAAAGUGUUUCUUCUAAGAAGCAAUUUCCUAAUUUAGAGCUCAAUCACUUUGAAGACUACUAUAAACAGGUCUAAUGUAAAUUUGAAUCAUUUCAUGAAUCUGACUAAAUGGUCUGUUUUUAUGAUCCAAAGUUUUAGAAUCCUACAGCAAGAACUGGAAGUAUAAAGCUCAAAUAAAUAAAUAAAUAAAUAAAUAAAUAGAUAAAUAAAUAAAUAAAUAGUUGCAUUAUACUGGUUACAUGGGAUCCGGAGGGAGGAAUACUUCACACUGUACCCUUGAGCUUGAGUUAAAAUUCUGACUGUAUGAGACCGCCAUCUUGUGGUCCGCAGUGAUACUGCUCUCUGACAAAUUUACUGCACAACUGAUACAUUUUAUUCUUUUACUCCUCUAUGCCAAAAAAUAAUCUGUAUGCAUACAAUUCUUUAUAUGUAAAGAAUUGCUAUACUGUAUAGACACGUUUCUUUCUUUCUUUCUUUCUUUUUUUCUUUCUUUCUUUCACUAAUACGUUGCUCCUGCAAAACUACGCAUGCGUACUCAGGGGAAGAAUUUGCGGGCUCUGGUAUCAUAGUAACGCGUAGCCUACUUAUUAUGGGAUGCGGUAACUAUAAUAGCGUACACUCAAAAUGAGGGGACAGAAAGCGUGUUCCCGUGAGGAUAAUUUAUGUAAAGAUACUAUUAAGUUAAGUUCAAUAAUGGUCAAAUUAACGACAAAAAACGAUUGGCAAUACAAAUUGAGAUGUUUAAAUGUCAAAAUAUCAGGAUAAGAAAAUAUCAGUGACUGAAAUGCCACCAUUUUUUUCCUCCUAAACUGAGAGAAGCGGUCAGUACAGUGUCAUAUAUCCCCGAGCGGGACUGCAAUAAAAACCCAAACGGCGUUCAAUACCUUCGGGAAAACAUUACAAACAGCAAACGUUCUUGUUUUAGAUUAUUACCCGGACACGGCCGAAGGAGUCAGAGUUAAUGUUAUAUCGUCGAAAAAAACAGCAGCCGAACAGCCUCAGAAGAGACACCCAUGCACCCAGGCUAAGUUUGAGCUCAGGAAACGCUCAGGGUGAUGGUUUUGGGCGACAUUUUCGGUUUGUUCCAAGAUGGGAAAAUGGGAUUUACUCCAACACUCAUCAGCAUUCAAAAGAUGAAGAUCUGUUCUUCAAACGCACAACUCUUUUACCUCCAGUUCCCAAUCCAGCAUGCAGUAUAAACAGGAAGGAAUCGCAUUUCACAGCUUCAAAGUCCUGUACUUUAGUCUCAGAAGACAGAUGCAGACUUAAUGCUGUAUCGUCAGUUCCAGCACCAGCACGCAGCAUCUCCAAAAACAGGAGGAUGAAGAGCAGAACGUGUAAUCUCUCCACUCUCAAAUUAACCACCAGAGAUCAGUCGUACGCAGAUCCGGUGUUGGGAGCUUCAGCCUCGUUCAUCAGGAGACUUCUGGAAAUGUCCACCCUGCAGGAGAAAACCAUUCGCCAAGAAAAGAUCAUUCAACUCAAGAAGAACGGGAGGCACGAACCCUAACCGUACAGUCUGCUGGUUAAAAUAAAAGCAAUUCUCGGGCAGAAACGAAACGUACGCAGAGUUCUGAAUGUCGUCAGUCAGACAAGACAUGUUUAUGAUGUGUGUCUGGAGUUUACGUUUUGAGUUUAGCACUGUAGCUACAAAUCUAGUGAGGGAAGCUUAGAGCCCCAUGAAGGCGUCAGGGAAAUGGAACAUCACACACUCGUUUCAGGAUGAUUUUUUUUUUUCUAGUUGUUCAGUAUCUUGACCUUUUUAAGGUGCUUUGGAAACUGUGACUUCUGACAAUAAUAAAACAAUAAAUAAAUCAGUAGUAGAUAUCUUGAAGCUUGAAUUAUUUUCUUUAAUGUAGAAUUGUAUGGUUAGUUCCAACUUUCAAGGCAAGUGUGUUGAUUUGAAGUUUGAACAAUGAAGGUUAAACAAGGAGAAACUUGUAACUAGCUAAAUAGUAUGUGUACCUGACAAAAUGCCAAUGCCCAAGCCCAGAAGAUUAUCAUUUGUUUUCUGCCUGGUAACUAGUGUUGGACGUUUACUUGAACAGUAUAUACCUUUCUCAAAUCAACCAGUGUGUGUGUGUGUGUGUGUGUGUGAGUGUGCGUAUGCCUGUGCGUGUGCGUGUGCGUCUUUUGGCAGAACAGUAUCGAUCGACUCAUAAUUAGUUUCACCCACAGGGUGGAGAUGUCAUUGUAUCAGAAUCACGUGGGAAUGUGGGUGUGUGUGUGCUCGGGUGUUCAUGUGUCAUGUGGUUAGAAGAGCGUUGUGCCUAAUUACUCUUUGUUGAUAUAAAAACAAUUUUUAUAUAAACAUACUACACGAUUAUUUAUUAUAUGUUCUACAUUAUUUUAGCAUGACCUAAGAAUGAUCAAAAUUAGAUUUGAUUCACUGGAAACUGAAUCAUUUGAUUCACCAACAGCUGAAAUGUUCAGUGCAAAGAGAUGGAUACGUGUACUAGCAAAGCUCAUCGCCUUUUAAAUUAUAAACAGAACAAGUGAAUCGUUUGACUCACACACAACCGAAUCAUUUAGAUGCAUCAAAUACUGAAUCAUUACCUUUACCUUUAACUGAAUCAUGUAAUAAAUGAUUCGAGAAUAGAUUUGAUCGCAUUGUUCUCGUGGUGUCUUAGAUAAAGAACCUCAACAAUGGUAGUGUCACUAUUAAUGAGUGUCUGUAUUGAGCAGGGUUUGUAUCGAUCAGGGUUCUAAUUGAUUCAUGCCUGUAUUGAUUGAAACACACAGGACUCGACAAUGUCUCAUCACACACAUAAUUAAAACACAGACUGGGAGAAGUGAGUAGGAACUGAGCUUCUGAAGGCAGAUGGUGCAAUUUUAUCGCGAAUGUUUAUAAAGUUGAAAUUAAAAGCAGCAGCAGUAUGAGUUUGCUAUUCCGCAGUGAGGAGAUGUGUUUACUUCAGCUCUUCUUUCAAACCGAAUCAGCACUCAGCUGCGUUAAUGAGCUUGGCCUUCUGGGACUUGCCGAGUUCAGAGAUCUAAACCCAGAGAUGAGUUUGUCUCAGAGGAGAUUUGUAAACGAGGUGAAGAAGUGUGAGGAAAUUGAGAGAACCAUCAAGUAUCUGGAGGGUGAAAUAUUGCGAUGUAAUAUUCCUAUCGCUACUGGAUCACACAGUGAGGAAACUCAGUGUAGCAGAGACACAUUGGCGUUUGAGUGUGAGGUGAAAGUGCUGGAACAGGAGCUGAAGGAGAUCAACUGCAAUCAUGCAACACUGAAGAGGAACCUGACAGAGCUGCUAGAGAUCAGCGCACUGCUCGGCAUCAUCCAGGACUUCUUGCAGGAGGCUGAGACGCAGCUGUCCUGUACUGAGCUUCAGUCUGACGGACUGCACGGCGCUCACCGCCGAAACAGCAUUAGCACUAUCACAGCUGCCAAACUGGGGUUCGUUGCCGGUGUGAUUAAACACGAUCGGUUUCCCGCGUUUGAGAAAGUCCUGUGGCGUCUUUUUCACGAGAAUUUCCUGCUGCGCCAUGCAGAGAUUCAACAGCACCCAGAGGAUGGCAUGGUGAAGAAAGCCGCCUUCAUCAUCUGUGUGCAGGGCGAGCAGGUGCAGGGAAAAAUCAGAAAAAUAUGCGAAGGGUUUAGAGUCAGUUUGUACCCUUGCCUGAACACUUUACACGCCCAGGACGAGAUGAAGCGGAACAUACGGACACGCAUCGAGGAACUGCAAAUGAUCUUACGCCAGUGUGAAGAAUUCUGCACCGCCGUUUUGAAUAAAGCAGCAAACAGAGUUACAGACUGGUCCGUCCAAGUGCACAAGAUGAAGUCCAUCUACCACACACUCAACAUGUGCAACAUCGAUAUCACACGCAGACUCACCAUCGCAGAGAUAUGGUGUCCGGUGUCGGAUCUCGGUCACGUCCAGAGUGCGCUCGCUAAAGCCGCUGAGCAUGCCGGUUCCAGCGUCAGUCCCGUCUUAAAUCGCAUCCCGAGCCCUGAAACCCCGCCUACGUUCAACAGGACGAACCGUUUCACUGCAGGCUUUCAGCAUAUCGUCGAUACGUACGGCGUGAACAGUUAUCAGGAGGUGAAUCCAGCUCCAUACACCAUAGUAACGUUCCCAUUCCUGUUCGCUGUGAUGUUCGGUGACUGUGGUCACGGACUCGUCAUGACGUUGAUCGCUGCCUGGAUCAUCAUGAACGAGCAGAAAUUAAACCAGCAGAAGAACGAGAUCGUGUCCAUGCUGGUGGGCGGGCGCUACAUCAUCCUGCUGAUGGGCCUUUUCUCCAUCUACACUGGUCUCAUUUAUAAUGACUGCUUCUCCAAAUCCUUCAACAUCCUUGGCUCGUCAUGGAGCGUCAAAGCCAUGUUCUGGCCCAGUGGACCCUGGAGUAAUCAAACCCUGCACAGUUCUGAUCAUCUCCAGUUGGACCCUGCCGUGCCAGGAGUUUACUCUGGAACCCCAUAUGUGCUUGGCAUCGACCCAGUGUGGAAUAUUGCAUCGAAUAAACUCUUCUUCCUAAACUCCUAUAAGAUGAAGAUGGCGGUCAUAAUGGGAGUUUGUCACAUGACCUUUGGUCUGACCCUCAGUGCAGUCAAUUACAUAUAUUUCAGAAAUGUCCGCAACGUGUUGCUGCGCUUCGUGCCGGAGCUCAUCUUCUUGCUCUCUCUGUUCGGUUAUCUCGUCUUCCUCAUACUGUUCAAGUGGUGCAUGGGCGUACAGUGUGACAGCAGCAUCCUCCUCAUCUUCAUCAACAUGAUUUUUUUCAACUAUCAGGCUGACGAGAAAUUCAUCUACAAUGGACAGAAAGCUGUCCAGAUAUUCCUGGUGGUCCAGGCUCUGCUCAUGGUCCCUAUAAUGCUGCUAAUAAAACCACUGCUCACUUACAGAAGGCAAGAGAAGAUCACAGACCAGGUCAGUCUGAGCGAUGUGUUUGUGUGCGAAGCGAUCCACACCGUAGAACACUGCCUCGGUUGCGUCUCCAAUACCGCGUCUUAUCUGCGGCUCUGGGCUCUCAGCCUCGCCCACUCAGAGCUAUCUGAGGUGUUAUGGCGGAUGCUGAUGCGCGUCGCUCUGCGCUCUGGUUCCUCGCUGAUGCUGACGCUGAUCUUCUGCUGCUUUGUGUUGUUAAGUGUGUCCGUCCUAAUACUUAUGGAGGGAUUGUCUGCAUUCUUGCACGCGUUACGACUGCACUGGGUAGAAUUUCAGAACAAGUUUUAUAAAGGAACCGGAUUGAAAUUUACACCGUUGUCCUUCAAGACUAAAGAAAUACAGCAAUGGUGAGGUAUUAAAUUGUAUUGAUUACAGUGAAGUUGCCAGUGUACACAUAUUUAACACAUUUAAUACAUUACGGUAAUGUGUUACAUUUAUA